AUGGAAUUUCCACAUAUAGGAAAAAACUGUUCAUAUAAGACAUGCAAUAAACUGGACUUCCUGCCAAUGAAAUGUGACGCAUGUAAAGAUGUUUAUUGCUCUGAUCACUUCACAUACAUUAAGCAUGAAUGUCCAGCAUCAAAUUCUAAAGAUGUACAAGUGCCACAAUGUCCUUUAUGUGGCGCUUUAGUGCCGGGAAAAAGGGGUGAGCCACCAGAUGUUGCUGUCGGUGCUCACAUAGACAACCAAUGUACCUCAGAUCCAGCUAAGGAGAGAAGGAAAAAGGUGUUCACAAACAGAUGUUCAUACAAAGGUUGCAAGACGAAAGAAAUGGUGCCUUUAGUGUGUGUUGAAUGCUCUUUGAAUUAUUGUUUACGACACAGACAUGCUGCCGACCAUAUGUGUGAAGGAAAAUUAGCUGCUAAAAGACGACAAGCUGCUAAUGCGGCGAUGGCGCGACUUAAGGCUAAAGAGGUUAACUUACCAAAUAGGACACCUGCUGCAGUUGCAGCUAAUAAUUUCACAGAGGUGCAAGGAAACAUGACUGAAGACGAAGCAUUGGCUCAUGCACUAGCAUUAUCCCUACAAGAAAAUGGUAAUGUGCAUACAAGAGACAAUAAUUUUGCUAGAGCGCUUACAAGACAAAGGGUUGGAGGUGAACAGAAUUCACGUUGUACAGUUUCGUAG